CACUCCAUUCGCUCCUGCUUUGCGCCCCAGUGAGCAUCACAUUGGAUUACACCGCGGAGUGUGCCUCCGCUACCCUGUCAUGUGCACCCUCCGUCCGGCGUGGCUGUGCGUGCUGCUCGGGCUCUUGCCUUUGGAGAUCCAGUCCCAAGCACUGACUCCGCAGAGAACUCACAGACCCAGGCUGAGUUUUCCCAGAACCUCUAAAUUCCCAAAGUCCUUUCACCCCAGCAUCGUGCCGACUGUGUCUGAUCUCUCUGUCGCUGCUCACAACCAAAUUACAGAGGAAGACGGACAGAUCAUCUGGAGGGCCUUGCUCCCACACAAAGAUCCCCCGCCAAAGCCCUUUGACCUGUUGGUCGACCAAAGCCACAACGUGCUACCGGAGGUGCCAGUCUGGCGGCGCGGGUCACGGGGUCGUCGCCAUGCUGGUAGAGGCAGGGGCCACCCCCACCUGAUGAGGGUGGGGUGCGUCCUAGGCACCUGUCAGGUUCAGAACCUCAGCCACCGUCUAUACCAGCUGAUUGGACAGAGUGGGAGGGAAGACUCCUCCCCAAUUAACCCCCGCAGUCCUCACAGCUAUGGAUAAGGCCACACCCACUCACCCACACUCAAGACAACUUCAUCAACACCUGCUGGCAAAUUACCCAGGUCCACUGUUACACUAACUAUAUGUUCAGGCUCAAAAAUAUCGCUACUGCUGUCAUUCCUUAACAGAGCAGUUGUGGGGUUUUUUACAGCUUGGGUCUUAUUUUUAUAGUUUUGACUAAAACUCUCAUCAGUAAUAAGAACACGGUACUCACAGAGUAAACUGUUGAACGCUUUGAAUGAGGCAACAUCAUGAAAAGACAACAGCAAAGACUAAGAGGCCAUUUGGAAAGGUCAGAGUCCCUUGACUGGAAACAGCAAACUGCUUUUUUUUUAUGUCAGAGUGCUUUGGUCACUCAGGAGUCUUUCCCAAGACAACUUCCUGCUUCAACUCAUUAUCACCAAUUUGAGAUUAAAUCUAUCAAUUAUUCUGAUGAGUACAGUGCUAUUGUAAGCUACAGAUAGGAUUGUUAAAUCUGUAAAAAUAACACUUUUUAAAGAUUAUUACCUGUAGUGUGGGCUACAGCAUUAUACCGAGCUAAAACUAGAGUCCUAUAUGUUUUGGCAUUUACAGCACGACUAUCUUUGUAACCAGACAAGCCUCUCUCAGCCAAUCCCUACCUGACUAAUGUCUGCUGAUGAAUGGUUAUCCUCCUCCUCUUAACUUACCUGAGCUCAGUGUUAAUCCACAAUGUGUCUUGAAAGCACAUUUAUCCCUCUCUGCUUCAGUGCAGACAGAACCCGAGAAUAACCCCCAAUCAAACCCAAUUAACCCUUCACCCAAAAACCCACAGUGCAUAUGAUCAGCCAAAAUAACCACUAACCCUAAUCCGUAAUCUGUCUGUGCACUUAACAGACACCGUAGCAGGUCUCGACUCUAUUAAACCAGAGGGAGGACAGCCGCACUCCAUAUUCUCUGCAUCAGUUUGAGCCUUAAUUGAUCAUUUAUAAGGCCUUACAGUGUUUUGCCUUUCACCAGCGCAGAUUAAGCAUGCCAUUGAAUUUAGACCAUCAUUUUUUAAGCUUUAUAGUUUGUUUUAUUCUUUUCUCUCUGUGUGCACGUCAGCUCAUUAUAACUCCCGUUUUGGUAGUUCACACAGGCUAUUAUUAGGAAUGCAUGAAAGCACUUUAUUAUCCUUUACAUUCAAUAUGACUUGAAUUUUAAAGGUGUGUUAUUUAACUUUAAAUGAAUGGGUCAGUUUUGCUGUAAAUAUCACACUUUAGUAAAUCUUUGUUUUCAUAUACACUCCAUUCAAAGACACAAGUGUCCUUUUGGAAACCAUUGUGCUGUUUUCUUCUAACACUGAUGUUAAAUAAAACCUUUAUAGUUAUUUCACCUGUCAACAGCAAAUCGAGGCGUCAGUGUGAAGUUUUUUGUGAACAUUUCAUGCUGUA